AUGGGAAUAACGAACUCAAAAUCAGCUACAAAAUCAUCAUCCGAAUUAGCAAGUGCAGUUCUCAAAUUGAAAAGUAGUCAAGAGUUGACGUCUUCAUCCGAAAAUGACAAUGCUCAAGUACAAACAAUGAAGGUAUCACAGCUUCGCAUUGUUGAGAAUUUUAUUGUCGUUUGGUUGGACCCAAAUAUCAAUGUAUCGAAUGAAGAUUGCGCAAAUUCAAUUGCUCAACUCCGACAGAUUGUUAAUUUGAUCAAAACAUUUACUGACCCCGAUCAAUGUGUCGACUUUCUUUUAGAAGUUAAAGUUGAAAAGAUAUUUUUGAUUGUAUCCGAUUCUUUUGGUCAAUAUAUUAUUCCUCUCAUUGAACAAAUCACUGAACUUGAUUCGAUCUAUGUGUUUUGUGGUGACAAAUCGAAUCAUGAACAGUGGGCCGAAAAAUACAGCAAGGUUAGAGGAGUCUUUACUCGAAUUGAGCUCAUUUGUCAAGAACUCAUACAAGAUAUUCGUCAAUCGAACAAUCAUCUAAGUCCUAUUAGUAUUGUUUCUGCAUCAUCGGCUGCUAGCUUGAGUGAACUCGAUCCAUCUUUUAUGUAUUCUCAACUACUCAAAGAAAAUCUUAUUGAUAUCAAUUAUGAUGAUAAUUCAAAAAAAGAUCUCGCGAAAUUCUGUCGUUUGCAAUAUUCUGGCAACCAGAGCGAACUAAAUGUGAUCGACGAAUUCGAACGAGACUAUUAUAGUCACUCGCCUAUUUGGUGGUAUACUCGAGAAUGUUUCAUUUAUUCGAUGCUUAACAAAGCUUUGCGAAUAGUUGACAUUGAAAUUAUUAUGAAAAUGGGCUUUUUCAUUCGUGACCUUCAUCAAGAAAUUCAGCAACUUCAUUCGAAAUCGAACUACACAGAUUCAUUCAUUGUUUAUCGAGGACAAGGCAUGUUGAAUGUCGAAUUUGACAGGAUGAAGGAGAGCAAUGGUGGUCUUCUCUCAUUCAAUAACUUUCUUUCAACAAGCACCAGACGAUCUGUUUCUCUGACUUUUUCUCGUCGUGCUCGAGAGAAGAAAGAGAUGACAGCUAUUCUUUUUCAAAUAAAAAUCGAUCCUUCAAUUUCAUCAACUCCUUUCGCUUCGUUAGAUGGCAUUAGCUUCUAUCGAACUGAAAAAGAAUUUCUCUUUUCGAUGCAUUCGAUCUUUCGCAUCGGUGAUAUGAAACUGAUUGAUGAUGGAUUAUGGGAAAUCAAUUUAACAUUGACAAGUGAUAAUGAUCAACAACUUCAACAUCUCACCGACCAAAUGCGAGUUGAGAUUGAAGGACCGACAGGCUUGCACAGACUAGCUUCACUGAUGAUCAAAAUGGGAGAAUUCGACAGAGCCGAAGAGAGUUACAAGAAGUUGCUCGAAACGACAUCAAAUGACGAUCGGGAGCUUCUCGCACAUAUCCACCAUCAGCUCGGAUUUAUCAACUGGGAGAAGGGCAAUCUAAUGGGUGCACUCUCUCGCUAUCAACAUUCCAUUCGUAUCUACUUGACAUAUCUGCCAUCGAAUGAUUCUCAACUCGCUCUUACCUACUCCAACAUUGGAUUGGUUCUUCAUCGGCAAGGUGAUCUAGAUGGGGCAUUGAAGCAGUAUCAACUUGCUCUCAAUGCUGAUCUUACUGCUUCACAACCCAAGAAACUGAAAACCGCUACGUAUUACAACAAUAUUGGUCUGGUGCUCAAAGAUCAAGGCAAGUUUGCCGAAGCACUCCAGAAUUAUCAAUGCUCACUCGAAAUCAAAUACAUUCACCUUCCGCCACAUCAUCCAACGUUGGCUACCACUUACAACAAUAUUGGUGGAGUACUUCUUGCGAUGAAAGAGUAUUCGAAGGCUAUCUCAUACUUUCAAAUGACACUUGAAAUUCAGCAAAAAUCUCUUCCACAAAAUCAUCCUUCGUUAGCCACGACUCACUGUAACAUUGCUGUAGCAUUUGACAGUAUUCAUCAAUAUAAAGAGGCUAUCAAACAUGCAGAGCGAUCGGUCGCCAUUGAUCGUCUCAUAUUCGGUUCUAGUCACGAUAAAGUGCAAAAACGACAAGAAUUCCUCGAUCAACUUAGACGAAAAAUGUGA